AUGUUUGUACUUUUGAGUCACAAACAGCUGGAACCAAGUUCUUUGUGUGUGUCAAACACUUGGCCAAUAAACCUGACUCUGAUUCUAAGUGUAGGGGGCGCUAUAGUUUAUGUAGUAGAAUUGAACAGGAAGCACCGAAGGCGGAACGAGACGAAGUCGGAAGUAUCUGAUAAACAAUCGUUAUAAGUAGCAAGCAGUGUUCUGUUAACAUUAACAGGUGACUUAAGGGUAUAUCAUUAAGGUUCCCGUGUUAGAACAGCAUCAAAUGAAGGACACGCUGCAGCUGCUGCACAGACUGAGCGCUCACCCAGACGCACGGUGCUGGUAUGUGGCGUGGGACCCGACAGGCGCACUGCUGGCGUCCUGUGGAGGAGACCGAGCUAUACGUGUGUGGGGCAAAGAGGGAGACAGUUGGCAGUGUAAAAGUGUGCUGUCAGAUGGACACCAGAGGACAGUCAGGAAGAUCUCCUGGUCUCCUUGUGGGAAUUAUCUCGCAUCCGCCAGCUUUGAUGCCACCACGUGUAUCUGGAAAAAAAAGGAUAACGAUUUUCAGUGCCUUACAGUCCUGGAGGGACAUGAAAAUGAGGUGAAGUGCGUCGCAUGGGCCCCAUCGGGUAACUUACUGGCCACCUGCAGCAGAGACAAGAGUGUUUGGAUAUGGGAAGUGGAUGAAGAGGAUGAGUAUGAGUGUGUGAGUGUGGUCAAUUCUCACACACAGGAUGUGAAACAUGUUGUUUGGCACCCGACACAAGAGCUUCUAGCUUCAGCCAGUUAUGACAAUAAAGUGUGCAUUUAUAAAGAAGAGGAUGAUGACUGGGAAUGCCGGGCAACCUUAGAAGGACAUACAUCAACAGUGUGGAGUCUUUCCUUUGACCCUGAGGGACAGCGACUGGCCUCUUGUAGUGAUGACCGCACUCUAAAAAUAUGGAAGGAGUGUGGAGCAGGUGAUGAAUCUGUCGAGGGUUCAUGGAAGUGUGUCUGCACCUUGUCUGGCUUUCACAGCCGUACAGUAUAUGAUGUGGCAUGGUGUCGUCUGACCGGUGCACUAGCUACAGCUUGUGGAGAUGAUGGAGUUCGUGUUUUUAAAGAGGAAACAGCCUCUGAUCCUGAGCAGCCUGUGUUUUAUUUAUCAGUUCAUAUGCCCAAAGCCCAUAAACAAGAUGUUAACUGUGUGGCCUGGAAUCCAAAGGAAGCAGGUUUGCUGGCUACGUGCAGUGACGAUGGUGAAAUCGCUAUCUGGAACUACCAAUCAGAUGCUUAAUAUGGAGAGGGAAUGACCUGUGAGGUCUGCACUGAAUACAUAAAGCAUUCAGGGUUAGCGUGAAGCAACAGAGCUUAUUGUUUGUUUAUUUCCUAUGUUAGAAUUUGUCUCUAUUAGUGUCUGCUAUUUUUAGGCUUAUUUUACAGUGAUGCUGAUACAGAAACAACACUGUGACAUUCUUCUUCUCAGCUCUGCUGUGCUAGUCAAUGAGACUACUACCAUUUUUUUGUAAAGGCAUCACAGGAACUAAUUUCUCAAAAUUGAGAGACAGGUUUUAUUAGAAAAUAUUGUAAAGAUUAUUCCUAUAUACUAAGUAAAUCACAUACCUAUCUUUUGCAUAAAGAACUUCAAAAAUGGAAACCCCUCAAAAUUGAGCUAUAUGUCCUUUUGAAUGUAUUAAAGAAUACACACGUAUUAAGUCAAUGUAUUUGUAUGUUGUUAUAUAUCACCAUAAAAGCUUCAGCCGUGAAA